AGGACACUCGGCACAGUAUACGCUUUGAACGUGUGAGUCAUCUAAACCACGCGAAUACGACGCGUCAUCAACACGAGGCAAAGUUCGCUGGGGAUAUAAGAAGGUUCGUUUUUGUACAAGUUGCAAAAGGUUUGACCAUCCCGUCCUAUCCUUCGUAUCGUCCGCCCUCUCUCCGCCAUGGAUUCGUCUUCUCGCAGACGUGCAGAAUCGUCCCCUGCGUACCCUGCGCACGGACCCGCAAAUCUUACUCGGCACAAACGAGUUGGCUCUCCGCCAAAAGCUGGACCAUCUCGGGUGACCUACACAACUAUUCGCGAGAGCUCUCCACCUCGACAUGAGCGACAGAUCCAUGGGUCAUUUUCUGGCGCUGGGACUGGCGCUGGGCCACACCCAUCGGUCAGACAUGCCACGCCAUACCACUCACCAGCAAAUACCAAGCAGGGCUCGCAGCUCUCGCAUAGGCCAACGCCCAUGUUCAGACAGUUCUCCAGGUUCAGAGAGGAUGUUGAUAAAGACGUCCAAUACCCAGAAAGCGUCGUGCAGACGCCGGAUCCACCGCCUCCACAACCACCUUCACGAAAGGCGAAAUUCAGGUUCAGAAGACCGAGCCUACCGCCCUCGCCAACUUCGCCUACGCGGGAAGCGCCGCCACUCAUUGUAGCUGUGGACAAGAAACCAGAGCCAGGUCCAUCAUCACCAACACGCAAGCUGCAGAAGCCAAAGCCGAGCCCGACAAUCAGUGAUACAGAGCGCAGGGACUGGUUGCGUUUGAACGAGACUAUUCAGAGGCGACUGAGUGAGGAGGCAAAGAUGGAGUCUGCGCCAGUAUCACCACCGCCGACGUUGAGAAGUCCUCAGCGGACAAAGCCCGAGGUUAUAUUGAGUAGGUGACUAGCAUGGGGUAUAGAGAAAAUAAAAAUGAUUGGGAGACAACGGCGUACUGUGCAGCGAUGUGGUUGAGAUGAAAGUUGGAGCCUUAGAACGAGCUCUUGUACUGGCAUAGGUGGUAGACCGGUCCGGCCGGGGAGAAAUGAUACGAAAUAUGGUGACCGCC